AUGCCCACUGUUGAGAGUGAAGCCAAAAUAAAAACCAAAGUUCGCUUUGAAGAAUUGCUUAAGACCCACAGUGAUCUAAUACAUGACAGACAAAAGCUGAAGAAAAAGAUCGCCAAUCCUGGAGAAAACAUCUCAACUGACCCCUUUGGAAGCAAUCUUCAGAAUAUUGAAGAAACUAAAAGUGAUGAUGUAAGUGUUAUUAACACUAAUUACCCGAAGAGUAGCAUGCAAGUCACUAAAAAUAAACUAAGGAAUACACAGUUAACUGAAUAUCCAAACGAUGAUGCUAUCAUAAAGGAAGAAAAACAAAGAAAGUUAAAUAAAAAGGUUACAAAAGCAGUGCUUCAGGUGACUACACAGGAAAUGGAACAAAAAACCUCUGAGAGGAAGGUGGACUCUACACAUCAGAAAGCACGAAAAAAGUCACAGUCGGGUGUCGCUCACAUGAAAAGUGAGAAGGAAAAUGAAGGAAACGAGAAUAAUGAUUUAGAUGAGGAAGAAGAACUAAUGCAAGCAUAUCAGCUUCAAGUAGCUGGAGAAAUGGCACAGGAAAUCAAGAAGAAAAUAAGAAAGAAACUGAAGGAACAGCUGACUCACUUUCCCUCAGAUACUUCAUGGCACAAUGACGCAUCGAGCAGUGAAAGCAGUGAAAAAAGGAAAAAGAAAAAAAAGAAAAUGCCAGUCCCGUCUGCAGCUGAAACAAGUAUAUUGACCGUCUCUGAACUUGAGCAUGACAAAGUUGAAGGUGAACAAAAGAAGGAUUCUCCGGGUAGUGUAAUAGCUUUAGAUUCUCAUCAAAAUAAUGAAAUAAACUCAACUGAACAAAAUGUAGAAGACAACAUUGAAGGUGACAGAAAAUCCAAACCAAAAAAAACAAAAAAGAAAGCUAAAGCAGUUUCAGAUAAUAAUGAAGACGCUGGUGGCGAUGUUGUUCCUGAAAGAACAAGUCAAGAUAGUCCAGUUAAUCCCAAAUGUUUGCUUGAUGAUAACCUUGUCUUGGGAGUUUAUAUUCACCGAACUGAUCGACUUAAAUCAGAUUUUAUGAUAUCUCACCCGAUGGUAAAAAUACAUGUGGUUGAUGAGAAUACUGGUAAAUAUGUCAAGAAAAAUGAUAGCGAACGGCCUGUUUCAUCUUACUCUGAAAAAGAGAGUGUGGAUUAUAUUCUUCCUAUUAUGACCCAGCCAUAUGAUUUUAAGCAAUUAAAAUCAAGACUUCCGGAGUGGGAAGAACAAAUUAUAUUUAAUGAAAAGUUUUCCUACUUGCUUCAUGAUUUUGAUGAGAGCCCUAAAGUUAUCCUGUUCUUUGAGAUUCUUGAUUUCUUAAGCAUGGAUGAAAUUAGGAAUAACUCUGAGGUUCAAAACCGAGAGUGCAGUUUUCGGAAAAUUGCCUGGGCAUUUCUCAGGCUUCUAGGAGCCAAUGGAAACAUAAACAUCAAUUCAAAACUUCGUUUACAGCUGUAUUAUCCACCUACCAAGCCUCGAUUACAAUCAAAUGUUGUUGAGAUUUUUGAAUGGUGGUCAAAAUGUCCGAGAAAUCGUUAUCCAUCGACGUUAUAUGUAACUGUGAAAGGAUUGAAACUCCCAGAUUCUGUAAGACCAUCUUAUCGGUCUAUGAUGGAGGAACAAGUUAAACCAGUAUAUUAUGAACGUUGCUGUGAGUCAAGUCCAGUAGACUCAGAACCUGGGUUAGAAGAUUCAAAGGAAAUAGUCAAGUGGCAACGACUGCCUGGACAGGCUUGCCAUAUCCCAAACAAACACCUCUUUUCCCUAAAUGCAAGAGAGCGAGGAUGUUUCUCUCUGACUUUCUCCCAUAACGGAAGAGUAUUAGCAGCAGCCUGUGCCAGCAGGGAUGGCUAUCCAGUUAUCUUAUACGAAAUCCCUUCUGGACGCUUCAUGAGGGAAUUGUGUGGCCAUCUCAAUAUCAUUUAUGAUCUUUGCUGGUCAAACGAUGAUCGCUAUAUCCUUACUGCGUCAUCUGAUGGCACUGCCAGAGUAUGGAAAAAUGAAACAAACAAUACCAGCACUUUCAGAGUUUUACCUCAUCCUUCCUUUGUUUACACGGCUAAAUUCCAUCCGGCUGUAAAAGAGCUAGUGGUUACAGGAUGUUAUGAUUCUGUAAUACGGAUAUGGAGAGUUGAUAUGACAGAGAAUCCUGCCACAUUGAUACGACAGUUUGACACCCACAAGAGUUUUAUCAACUCUCUCUGUUUUGAUACUGAAGGUCAUCACAUGUAUUCAGGAGACUGCACAGGGGUGAUAAUUGUUUGGGAUACCUGUGUCAAAGUGAACGAUGUGCAGCAUUCAGUGCGUAACUGGAGUGUCAAUAAGGAAAUUAAAGAGAGCGAGUUUAAGGGGAUUCCAAUAAGCUAUUUGGAGGUUCAUCCCAAUGGAAAACGUUUGUUAAUUCAUACCAAAGAUAGUACUUUGAGGAUUAUGGAUCUCCGAAUAUUAGCAGCAAGGAAAUUUGUAGGUGCUGCAAAUUAUCGGGAGAAGAUUCAUAGUACAUUAACACCAUGUGGCACUUUUCUCUUUGCUGGAAGUGAGGAUGGUAUAGUGUAUGUCUGGAACCCAGAAACAGGAGAACAAGUGGCAAUGUAUUCUGACCUUCCAUUCAAGUCACCCAUUCGAGACAUUGCUUAUCACCCGCUUGAACAUAUGGUUGCAUUUUGUGCAUAUGGACAGAAUGAACCAAUUCUUCUUUAUAUUUUUGAUUUCCAUGUUGUCCAGCAGGAGGCUGAAAUGUUCAAAUGCUACAGUGGAACCUUCCCAUUACCUGGAAUACACCAAAGUCAAGAUGCAUUAUGCACUCAUGCUAAGCUGCCCUAUCAAAGCUCUUUUCACACUGAUGAAUCUGUCCACACUGCAAACUCCUUGCUGAAGAUGCAGCAAGUAAAACAGAGGCUUGAUUCUGUCACAGAGUUUAUAUAAACCUGUGCUGCAAAGGUCAACAAAAAUCUCUCCUUUUCUUCAACUUCAGCCUCCUCCCAACAGCCCAAGUUAAAACAAUCAAACAUGCUGUCCGCUAACGAGAUUCUGCGUCCGUUUGGUUUCACUCAGACUGGGCUUACCAGCAUAGAAAGAAGGCCUUGUAACCAUCGCGUAGAUACAGCACCAACAGUAGUGGCUCUUUAUGACUACACAGCGAAUCGAUCAGAUGAACUAACCAUCCAUCGCGGAGACAUUAUCCGAGUGUUUUUCAAAGAUAAUGAAGACUGGUGGUAUGGCAGCAUAGGGAAGGGACAGGAAGGUUAUUUUCCAGCUAAUCAUGUGGCUAGUGAAACACUAUAUCAAGAACAGCCUCCAGAGAUAAAGGAACGAUUCCCUCUUGUAAGCCCCAAGGAAAAAACCAAAAUAGAAGAAUCUUCUGCAGCUUCUGAAAAGGUAAGUGUUUUCAAGAAUAUGAAUUGUGUUGAUUGCAAGAGUUGGGAUGAAGAGGAAACUGAGACAGGAGCUGAAGUUCUUAAUUCUUGUGCAGAGGUUCUCAACUUCAGCUUCACACUGAAACACAUGCAGAAUUAA